AUGUCUCGUUUCGAAGCUAAAAAGCCAUCCGUGUGUGAAAGUGAACCACUAACAUGUGAGCGGGUCAGGGCCACACUUGGUGUCUUAAAAGGAAUCGUCACGUCGUGCUAUGGCCCUUCCGGUCGGCUGAAGCAGCUGCACAAUGGUGUUGGAGGGCAUGUGCGCACAACCUCACAGUCCUCAGCCCUGCUCCAUAGCCUGGCGGUCACCCACCCUGUAUUAAAGCUCCUGACCGCUUCCAUGCAGAACCAUGUGUCGUGCGUCAGUGACUGUGGCUUGUUCAUGGCCAUUCUGUGCUGUAACCUGGUUGAAAAUGUUCAGGGAGUAGAUGUGACACCCACCACUGUCAUUGAAUUAAAUAAGCUGCUUGUGAACCUCUGCACCAGUUAUCUCAAGUCUGAGGCCUGUGGUUGUCGGAUCCCAGUUGACUUCAGUAGUACCCAGAUCCUCCUGGGCCUGGUGCGCAGCAUAUUGAUCAGCAAACCUGCCUGUAUGCUCACCAGGAUGGAAGUAGAUCACAUGAGCACUUUAGUUCUGAGAGCCUUUCUGCUUACAAUUCCAGAAAAGGCCAAAGAGCACAUCAUUUUAGGAAGGAGUAUAAUUGUACCUUUAAAAGGUCAGAGGGUUAUGGAUUCUACCGUAUUACCUGGAAUGCUCAUUGAAAUGCCAGAAGCUCAAUUGAUGAGGGUUUUGCCUGUGAAAAAAUCAAGCGCCCUCAAGGUGGCACUCUUUUGUGUGUCUUUAUCUGGAGACUUUUCUGACACUGGAGAAGGAACAUUGGCAGUCAGUGAUGGAGUGUGUCUUGAAAGUGCAGUUCUGGACCAGUUGCUUAACCUAGGGAGGCAGCUAGUUAGGGACCAUGUAGAUAUUGUCAUGUGUCAAAAAGUUAUCCACCCAUCACUGAAACAGUUUCUCAGUACACAUCAUGUUGUUGCAAUAGACCGGGUUGGAGCAGCUCGGAUGGAACCACUGAGUAAAAUGACAGGAACACAGCCUAUUGGUUCCUUAGGCUCAAUCUCUCCAAGGAGUUAUGGAAGCGUGAAAGAUUUGUGCUAUGCAGAAUUUGGCUCCAAACACUUUUUCCAUCUUCUUCCUGAUGAAGUGACUGUCUCCAGCUUGCUUCUCUGCAACAGAAAUGACACGGCCUGGGAUGAGUUGAAGCUCACAUGUCAAAAAGCACUGCAUGUCUUACAGUUAACAAUCAAGGAACCAUUCGUUUUAUUGGGAGGUGGCUGUACUGAAACUCAUUUGGCUGCAUACAUCAGACACAAGAUUCUUAAUGAGCCAGGAAGUGUUCUCAUCAGAGAUGAUGGACGUACUCAAACGGAACUUCAACUCAUUGCUGAAGCAUUUUGCCGAGCUCUAGAAUCUCUUGCUGGCUGUCUGGAACAUGAUGGAGGUGACAUUCUCACUGACAUGAAGUAUGGACACUGUUGGUCAGUUCAGUCAGAUUCUCCCCCUGUUGCUAACUGGCCAGAUCUGCUUUCUAGAUGUGGCUGUGGCUUACACAGCAGCCAAGAACAACUCAGCUGGUCUUUCUUAAGAAAUACUCAUGAUCCUUUUGUGCUACAAAGCUGCCUUCCACCUGAAGCUGGUAACUCAGCCAACAAUCUGACCCUGGACUGUUAUACUGCUAAGCUUAAUGGCCUACAGUUAGCUGUGGAGACAGCCAAUUUGAUUUUGGACCUUGCAUAUGUCAUUGAAGAUAAAAAUUGA